GGGCUGGCUCAGGAAAGCAGAGGCAGCGGGGGAAGAUGGCGGCGGCUGUACCACAGCGGGCGUGGACCGUGGAGCAGCUGUGCAGGGAGCAGCUAUCCAAGAAGGACAUUAUCAAGUGUCUACAGGACCACGGUUCAGAUUCAUUUCUUGCAGAACAUAAGUUAUUAGGAAACAUUAAAAAUGUGGCCAAGACAGCUAACAAGGACCAUUUGGUUACAGCCUACAACCAUCUUUUUGAAAGUAAACGUUUCAAGCGUACUGAAAGUAUAAGUAAAGUGUCUGAGCAGGUGAAAAAUGUGAAGCUUAAUGAAGAUAAACCCAAAGAAACCAAGUCUGAAGAGACUCUGGAUGAGGGUCCACCAAAAUAUAUAAAAUCUGUUCUUAAAAAAGGAGAUAAAACCAACUUUCCCAGAAAGGGAGAUGUUGUUCACUGCUGGUAUACAGGAACACUACAGGAUGGGACUGUUUUUGAUACUAAUAUUCAAACGAGUUCAAAGAAGAAGAAAAAUGCCAAGCCUUUAAGUUUUAAGGUUGGAAUAGGCAAAGUUAUCAGAGGAUGGGAUGAAGCACUCUUAACUAUGAGUAAAGGAGAAAAGGCUCACCUAGAGAUUGAACCAGAAUGGGCUUAUGGAAAGAAAGAACAGUCUGAUGCCAAAAUUCCACCAAAUGCAAAACUCAUUUUUGAAGUGGAGUUAGCGGAUAUUGACUGA